CCAUCAGACCCCGGCCGCUCGCUCGCUCCUGGCCCCAGCCCCCUCCCUUUUCGGCCGCGGCUCCAUCCCAGCGUCGAGGCGGGUCUCGGUCCGACCAUCUCCCUGGCUGCCGGCGGCCGGAGGGUUAAGGCCCCCGCCCACCGGCCGCGGUCCGACCCCUUGGCUUUCCAGCUCCGGUUGAGAAAUCGUCUGCAGGCAGAUUUCGUGCAGCGACCCCCGCCAACGUCUCGUCCUCGUCCUUCUCCUCCUCCUCCUCCUUCUUCUCCUCCUCCUCCUCCCCCUCCCCCCUUUCUCCUCCUCUUCGUCGCUGCAGCCGGUGCGCUCGGUGCGGCCCCUGCAGCCGGAGCGGUCGGAGCCGGCGGCGGAAGAUGCUUCCCGGGCCCUCGGAGAUCGGAUCGGCCAGGGGCACCGCUGCGGUCCCGGCUGGCGGGUGAGGACCAGCAGGACCAGCCGGACCGGCCGGACCGGCCGGACCAGCCGCCGCCGCCCCCCGCGGGAGCAGCCGAGGAGACCCGGCGCCGCAUUGCCAGGCUCCGGCCCAGAUUGGAAGCCACCGCCCUUGUCUGGAGACGCCCUGGACCUGGAGGCAGGCCUGCUUCGGCCUUCGGGAUGGCAGCAGAGUGACUAGGCUGGGAAUCCACCUUACUGCUGCUGCUUCUGGACACAAUAUGACCCGCCCGGUGGAGGGCUCCAUGGACAACCUGUGCUCGAGGCGGCUGAUAUCUGGAGGGGCUACCGGCCGCCAGACCCCGGGACGAGCUGAUCCCCGGAUCUUCCCCUGCCUGGCUUCUUUGUGCCCAGUGGCCCGGCCGCCGACCCUGGCAGGCAAGUGACUGUGAACUUUGUGGCUCCAGCGGGUAACCCGGCUUAUCAUUGCCACCACUACCACCACGAUGACACCACUAUGCACUUGUAGAAUACUUUAAUUUUACCAAAGCACCGCCAUUUCUAAUUCUAUUUUCUCAACUCCCUGUGAGGAAAGGGGAGCAGGGGUCUUCUCACCAUCUUACAGAGGAGGAAACGGAAGCCCAGAGAGGAUCCCGGCCCUUACCAUGAGGCGGGCGCCCCACAACGUCUCUCCCGUGGGGUGUGCGAGCCAGCGGCCGGCAGUCUCAGUGGAAGAAGAGCAGCCACCCCGUGCCCCCCGCCAUUGGCUCCGGCCCCUAUGGGAAGCCCAGCCGUGUCCUGGCUGUGGACGGAGAAGCAUCGGCGGCCCCUCGAGGCCCUGCAUCUAGCCGGGGCCCUUGGGGCGGCAGGCGGUGGCUGGCAAUGAGUGGCCGCGGAGGCCCGGAGCCACGUCCCAGUCUGCCGACUCCUGUGUGGGCCUCAGCCGGUGCCGGCCCCAUGGCCCGGCCCAGCCCCCACAACUUGACCCUGAACCAGAGCACGCCCUCGGCCCAGCCCCUGAACGCCUCGGAGGGCGGGGGGCCGACACGGCCGGCCCUGGCCGACAAGAACUGGCCGGCCCUGCUAAUCCUCGUUGUCAUAGCCCUGACCGUCGGCGGCAACAUCCUGGUCAUCAUGGCUGUGUCACUGGAGAAGAAGCUGCAGAAUGCCACCAACUACUUCCUCAUGUCCCUGGCCGUGGCCGACAUGCUGGUGGGUGUCCUGGUCAUGCCCGUGUCCCUGGUCACCGUGUUCUACGACUACACGUGGCCCCUGCCCCAGGGGCUGUGCCCGGUGUGGAUCGCGCUGGACGUGCUGUUCUCCACGGCGUCUAUCAUGCACCUUUGCGCCAUCUCCCUGGACCGCUACGUGGCGAUCCGCAACCCCAUCGAGCACAGCCGCUUCAACUCCCGCACCAAGGCCGUCAUCAAGAUCGCCGCCGUCUGGACCAUCUCCAUCGGCGUGUCGGUGCCCAUCCCUGCCAUCGGGCUCCAGGACCGCGGCCGCGUGUUCGUCAACGGCAGCUGCGUGCUCAACGACCCCAACUUCGUCCUGGUGGGCUCCUUCGUGGCCUUCUUCAUCCCGCUGGUCAUCAUGGUGUUCACCUACUGCCUGACGGUGCAGGCCCUGCAGCGCCAGGCCACCGUGUUCCUGUACGGGGAGGCGUCCCGGGCCCCGCGGCGGGCCAGCGCCGGCUGCCUGCGGCCUGACCCCCACCCGGAGGCCGUGGCCAUGAUCCCCAACCACGAUGGGGCCUCGUCGCGGGGCAGCUCUCCGGGGCACCGGGAGGCCCUGUUCCGCAAGGGCACGAUGCAGUCCAUCACCAACGAGCGCCGCGCCUCCAAGGUGCUGGGCGUCGUCUUCUUCCUGUUCCUGCUCAUGUGGUGCCCCUUCUUCAUCACCAACGUCAUGUCCGUGCUGUGCCGUCGGGCCUGCGACCAGCGGCUGCUGGAGGAGCUGCUCAACGUCUUCGUCUGGGUGGGCUACGUGUGCUCCGGCGUCAACCCCCUCGUCUACACGCUCUUCAACAAGACCUACCGCCGCGCCUUCGCCAGCUACAUCCGCUGCCGCUACCCCGGCGCCCGCAAGGCCGGACUGCGGCCCACCCCGGGAGCCGCCCCAGCCGGACCUGUCCCCAGCCCCGGACCCGGACCCGGACCCGCCAAGGAAGACCUCGUCCCACACGGCUGCCGCAACGGCCACGAGCUGAGCGGCGUCACUCCGGCGGGCGGCCCGCAGAGGCCCAAGAGCAAGGGCGGCGGGGUGGUCAGCGAGAGGGUCAGCUGCGUGUGACCGAUGCCGUGGGCCCGGCCCGGAGGGGAGGACCGAGGGACGGAUGGACAGAUGGAGGGACGAGGCCCCAGGCCCCGCCGGCCCCGUCCUCAGGAGGUGGACGGGUCCCUUUCCUGCCGCCCCGCCUCGACGCCCUGGAGGGCCACGCCGGGGCCAGACCCGCACAGCCCGGCUCGGAGGCCCGUGGUCGGUGCUGGCCUGCCGGACGGACAGGACCCUCGCCCCGAAAAGGGCUCGCCGAGCCAAGGGUGCCCCCCGUCCCCCAGGCCCUGGACUGCGCGCAAGGCCCUUGAAGCUUCCCGGACGUUGCUUCGCCAUGGCCGCAUUUCGCCCCCACCCCGGGGCAUACGGUGGGGUGGGAGGGGAGUGCUCUCCCCAUGGUGCGGCCUAGGAAACAGAGGCCCCGACUAGGUAAGUGACUGGCCCAAGGUCACGCAGUCUGGUCGAGUCUGGAGUCUGGAGUUGCCCGGCCUAUCCUCCGCCGCCCUGACCCCAGGACCGGCCUGCCGGGCGUCGGGGGUUCGUUCUGCCCCUCUGAGAGCCGCCCCCACAAGAGAGGCCCUGCCGGCCCUGGGCCCAGGACCGGCCCAGGGGGCUGGAGCUUGAAGGACCAGCGGACAAGCACCGAGCCCUGGCCGCCACCGAAGCAACCCGCUGGAGUCCGGGCACUUGCCCAGCACUCGAUGGCCCGGAGUUCUAAGCAGGACUCUCCCCUCUCGGUGACCUGUCCUGCCCGAGGACUCAGUGGCUGUUGGCUGGUCUCCUGUGGAACGGCCCGGUUUAAAUCAUCACGAUGGCAUCUGCUAAGCCCUUACUAUGUGCCAAGCACUGUUCUAAGCGCUGAGAUAGAUACGAGGUCAUCAGGU